AUGGCUCUGUUUGCUAGAAACAUAAAGGUGCUAACUCGUUUCCAGGCUCGAAGUGCGGCUUCGAUUACUUAUAAGACCUUUCUGCAGCAGCAACAGCAAGUAUUUUCCAAGAAAUACUCAACUGAAUCUUUAGAGGAAAGGUAUCAGGAGAAAUUAUUAGAAAAAGCGAAAAGCGAGGGAUUCGACUCUAUUGAGAAGCUCAAAGAGCAUCAAAAGGAGGAGAUCGAGCAGAGGAAAAAGCAGCUGAACAGAAUUGAUCCUCUGAAAGAAUUAGAAGAAUACGAACAGCGUAUGAAAAUGUCACAGAAUAAUAUAAAAGCAGCAGAGGCAAGAGGCGCCAUUGAUCCCAAUCAACCCAAGACCCCCUUCAAGACUCUGGAUUCCUUUUUAAAGGUUGAUAAGAUCAAAGACUUGUCCAAACAGGAGAUCGAAUUUUUAUGGAGAGCCAGAUGGGCCUCCAAGGAAAAUGUCAUGAACGCGGUGGUACCCCGCGAGGUUUUUGAAAAGAUGCUGAAGAACAUAAAGGAAGCGCCCACUUUCGUGCUUCCACUACCACGAAUCGUCGAAACUGGGUCCACGGAAAAGGACAACAAUGAACAGGGUAUGGAGCUGCAUUAUGUUCAAUGGCAGUUUGCUGGACCCUGUACCAUUCAUUGCAUCAUCACAUCGCUGGCAGAAUAUAAAUUACACCAAGAGUUUGCAAAACCUCACACAACAUUUCAGUUCCACCAGGAUCUGGCUGAUGAGAAAAGAAUUGUGUUGAUGAACGGCCAGGUUGAAACUGACAGCAACGUCUCGCUUCAAGAUGCUCAACUUCUUCUUUUAAAUAUACAAAGAUUUUAUGGUGCUAUGGGCGAGCAGACUUCCACUGCCAAGCAGCGUGUUAAACUAUUGCAUGAUUUCUCCAAGGGAUCCCAAGAUUUUUCCGUGGAGUUGCUUAUCUCAUUAGCUCAGUCUAUGGAAAACUGA